ACUCCUGUACCUCUGCCGAUUUGUUCAGAAUGUUUGGGCACAGAAGCUAAAAAUAAGAAUGGAGUUUUUGAGAAAUUAAGUGCCUGCUCUGAAUGUGGGGCCCUAGUUCACUUAUCAUGCACUUCUGCUGGACCGGAGCUUGCUUCCCUUUUAACAAAGGGGGGGAAAUGGUUUUGCGAAGAUUGUAAAGUCUGUGACGGAUGUGGAAAUACUGGCAUAUCUACUUGCUUGUUAUGCUGCUGUAGUUGUGAGAGAAAAUACCAUAUCGGUUGUUUGGAUCCACCUGCUGAUAAAAAACCAAAGUGCCCAUGGCGGUGCCGACACUGUUUGAGCCACCAUGAUAAUGUUAUGAAGCCGAGGAAAGGCGAAUCUGGAAGUGCAGUCCGUAAAAAAAUUGACAAAGUACGUCAGAAGAUGAAGGAAAAGAACCAGAAGUCGAAUGAUUCAAAACCUACAACAGUGCCUGCAACAGCGACCUCAGUGUUACCUUUAACUCCAACACCAAGCAACGAAGAUGUUUUGAAACGCCAAAGUAGAGUUUCAGCCCUCAGUGAGAGUGAUAACAGCGAUUUUGAGGGUACGCCAACUCCCACCAAAAAUACACUUCCUCUUGAAAACCCCCCUUCCUCCAAUCCCAUGUUACACGACAAUGAUCAGUUAGAAACUCAUGACCGCAUGUCCAAAGAAAAGCAAAAAUUUUUCAGAACUUCGGUGUUCAAUUCUGGAAAGAAAAAACGUAACACGGCCCAGCUUUCCAAAAAACAGAAAAAACCGAUUGUUGGAGAUAUAAAAAGCGUAGAUACAAAAAUGGAAAAUGUAAUUGAUGAAAAAGUAACUCACAGUAGUAAAGUUGGUGAUCCUGAUCAUUCAGCUAAAAAUAGUGUUAAUCCUAAUAGUAGAUCAUCAUCCAAAAAACCUAAAAAAACUCUCAAGUCUCAACCAGCUGCUCCUGAAGCUCGCGAAAGUUCGAAAAUUAAGGAAAAUUCACCAUGCAAAGGAAAGAUUGAUACCAAACCCAAAAAUGAUAUAAAUAACGAGAGUAAAAUGUUGGAAGAAGAUAGUAGUUUUGAAGAUAGCUCUACUUCCUCUUUUUCAGACUUUGAUUCAAACUCUUCUGUGGAUAAUUCAGAUUCGAUCGCAAGUAUCAGGAAUUCCAAAAUUCUACAAACUUUUUGUGUAGGUGACGAUAAGAAAAAAACGUUUGGUAGCAUAGGUGGUAUUCCUAUAGACAAAGAUGUACCUUGGGGGUUUGCAGCAGCGGCUGCUGAGGCUAAAAAGAAUGAAUUGAAUCAAAAUGGAUCAAAUAAUUCAGAGAAAACAAAAUGUUCAGAAAAUUUAUUUCUCGCUGCUUUGAAGGAGGACGCUCGGCUCAAAGAAAUGAAGGAGAAUUCCUCAGAGCAGGUCGAUGAUACAUCAACUCUAGAUAAAAGUCAGAAAGCCCCCGGAUUCGGUCAACUCAAGGGUCUGUUUGAUGGUCUCUCUCAUCUGUUUGCUGCCCCUUCAGAAAGUAGAGCCAGUAGAGCACAACCCAAUUAUAAUCCCAACAGGAGAAAACCAAAAGACACUAAAGAAGAACCAAUCAAAGAAGAUAAAAAUGUUCCGUGUGAGAAAGUUGAGGUCAAAAAAACUAGAGAUUCCAUAAAAAUGGAAGAAAAACUCGAGGUAGAUGAUAACCAUCCUAUCAAAAUAUUUCCUCACCCCAAGGAUAAGAUUCCCAAGUCCAUUCCCACACCUGACACCUCAAUCAAAAACGAUCCUAUACCACCUUCUAUGACACCAUCAGGGCUUGUUAAAACAGCGGUCAAUUCGAAACAACACGAAAGAAGAAAAUUGAUAAAAUCUGAAGUGCUUCAGGCCACUACCAAAACGGUCCCAAAUUCUCCACAACAAAAAUCAAAUAUUGAUGUAGAUGGUCGUGCCACGAAAAAACGCCAUCAAAUGGGUACAAGUCCACUGUCUGUGGCGCCGUUUACCAACAGUCUGACGGGUGAAUUGAAACUACCGCAGCUUCCUCCUGGAGUAACGCAGAAAGAUGUAGAACUAUUCAAAGAUACGCGUGAGAAGGCCUCGGCAGCAACGGCGGCUCUUUUAAUUCCACAGCCGUCUAAAGUAGAAACGGAUCCCAGUUCCACAGUUUUGUCUCCAUCCCAAGCUAUUUUAGAUCAAGGAAGAUGUCCUGCUGCAAUAGAAUUCGGAAAAUAUGAAAUAAAAACUUGGUAUUCCAGCCCCUUUCCUCAAGAAUAUGCCAGGUUGCCGAAGCUGUUUCUGUGUGAAUUCUGCUUGAAAUAUACAAAGAGUAAAGCUGUUUUGGAAAGGCAUCAAGAUAAGUGCACUUGGCGACAUCCUCCCGCGACAGAAAUAUACAGAUGUAAUGAGUUGUCGGUUUUCGAAGUGGAUGGUAAUGUAAAUAAGAUUUAUUGCCAGAAUUUGUGUCUUUUAGCCAAGUUGUUCUUGGAUCACAAAACGUUAUAUUAUGAUGUGGAACCGUUUCUAUUCUACGUAUUGACAAAGAAUGACAAAAAAGGUUGUCAUUUGAUUGGAUACUUUUCCAAAGAGAAACAUUGUGUGCAGAAGUACAACGUGUCUUGCAUAAUGACCAUGCCCCAGUACCAAAGACAAGGUUUCGGCAGAUUUCUGAUAGAGUUCAGUUAUUUGCUUUCCAAAGAAGAAGGUCAACCCGGCACGCCAGAGAAACCUCUUUCUGAUCUUGGUAGAGUAUCUUAUCAUGCUUAUUGGAGGUCUGUAAUUUUGGAGUACCUAUUUACCCAUCGGAACGAAAAAAUGAAACUGAUCGACAUCAGUAAAGAAACUGGAAUGUAUUCCCAUGACAUAUCACUGACAUUACAAAUGCUUGGCUUCGUCAAAUACAUUCCUGAUGGGGAUGAAAUCAAACCUAUAAUUUGUGUUGACUGGGCAAAAGUCAAUAGUCAUUACGAGAAAAUUUCCAAGUCGAAAACAAGAAUUCCAAUUGACUAUGAGUGUCUUAGAUGGACCCCUCUUGUGGCGGCAGCUGUUAACCCUUUCUUCGAACCUAGAUCUGAUGAAGAAAAAGACAGCAGCCUCAAAGAAACUGCUGAUAUAGUUGUACCCGUGCCGGAAAAAAUAAUUAUUGAAACUCAACAAGGGGUGAAGAUGAGAAGAGGUAGAAAGAGGAAGAUUUCUACUGCAUUGCCACGAACACCAAAGAACUUGAAAAGAGAGACCAAAUCCCCAGUUGUGGUGCCAGCGGAUAAUACUGCCAAUGUAGAAGAAAUUGAAAUCACUUCUUCGGGGAGGAAACGUACAAGACCCAGUAAAUUCAAUGAAACUACAUUUGCUGAUGUAAAAGCCAAAGUGAUAUCUGAGAGCACUAAAAAAAGGAAACGUGCUGAUCUGGUGGUUGAUGAAACAAAGAAGGUUAGUAACAGCGAGGCACCCCAAAGAUCAGAUCCGACCCCUGUUAAGCAGAAGUCGCUGGGCUCGAAAAUGCCUAGAAGGUCUUUGGUUAAAUUGGCAGGACAAGAACCACAG